AUGGCUCAUCAAGCAUCACUUCAGGAAAGCUUAUUACAAAUCGUAUUGAUAUUACUUCCCGAACAGAGUCUCGAGUUUUACGCAAUGGUUGGAGACGUCCCGUACUUUUCGGGCAUAAGACUACAAAACUCUGUGGCGAUGUUAUGUGGUCUGACUAUAGCCCUGUCCUCACAACUACUCACUUACUAUAACCAUCGGAAUGACAUAAAACCCACGUUUUUAACGGUAUUCUCGAUGCUAUCGGAGUUUAUGCUAACUCUGCUCUUUAUAAUCCACUAUUCGGCUAUACUGUGCCACCAGGCUCAAGUACUGGUGUUCAUCGAAAGGAUGGGUCAGAAUAGGGUUGGCUUUUACUGUUGGCGAGUGUUUCUUAUCACCCGUUUCCGUGGUUACGAAAACUCGGACCCGGACACUUUAGUGGCAGACAUCACAUCAGAAAUGAUUAUGGAAUAA